GUUGCUCAUUUCUAGAAAGGAGAAAAGAGCUCUAAAAACCACAUUUUUCUUGACAUGUAGUAGUCUAUAAAUAAAUGCAAGAACUAGAAAUGACAGACUCCUUAAUAAAUGACCCCAUCUUUUGUAUGAUAGGAUAGCUGAGUUUCCUUUGUGUUUGUGAAUACGUGUUCUCUGUCUUCUCAGCUUUGACCAGUUGGCACGCACGCUACGCUACGUUGCGUUUUGUUUUGUUUUUUUUUUUUUCUUUCCAUCAUCACUCUUUUGGAAAUUUAAGGCCAGAUUUUGUGUUGUAUAUAAUAGUGGAGACCUCAGGGUUGUUCAUCUCUUUUUCUCACUUGUUUGUUUCCUCAUAUUUCUUGGUGUUUUUUAGGCUUUCUUGUUCUGUUUUGUCCUAUCUAAGUGUUGAUCUUAAAGGGGGAAAAUGAGUUACUUGGGUUUGGGUGUUAGUCCUGGUACAGUUCCAGUGUACCAUGGAACAAAACUCAAAGUGUUGGAUAGGAGGGUGAGGAUAACAGAGCUGGUGUUAAGGUGUGUGAGCCUUGGUCUAGGAGCUGUUGCAAUUGUUCUUGUGGUGACUGAUUCCCAAGUCAAGGAAUUUUUCUCCUUUCAGAAGAAAGCUAAAUUUACAGACAUGAAGGCUUUAGUGUUCCUGGUAGUUGCCAACGGACUAACUGUUGGGUACUCCUUAAUCCAAGGAUUGCGCUGUGUUGUGAGUAUGAUUAGAGGAAAUGUACUCUUCAACAAGCCCUUUGCUUGGCUCAUUUUCUCUGGUGAUCAGGUGAUGGCAUAUGUGACUGUGGCUGCAGUGGUGGCUGCAUUGCAAUCUGGGGUGCUUGGAAGGACAGGGCAAGCAGAACUUCAGUGGAUGAAGGUGUGCAACAUGUAUGGGAAAUUCUGCAACCAAAUGGGAGAAGGGAUAGCUAGUGCUUUUGUUGUUAGCCUUAGUAUGGUGGUCCUGUCAUGUAUUUCUGCUUUUAGUCUCUUCCGUUUGUAUGGCACCAACAAAAAUAAAUAUGCAGGUUGGUAGGUACUAUUGGGAGCUACCAUCACCAUGGUUUCUUCAAGUUAACGACCAACCUACUCCACUUACCACUCUUUCUUGGUCAAUAUAGUAGUUUUCUAAUUUGUAAGGCUUUUUGUUAAUGAUCAAACAAUGUUAUAGUGAAUUAUGAAUUAUGAUGGCAAUAUGUGAAUUUCGACUGUCGCUGAUUUACCUUUUCGAUGCUUGUAGAUACUAAAUACUAGAAGAUUUUAUAGUGA